UCUCAUCUGCGAAAUAAACAUUUCAGGACAUCUGAUAGUAAUGGAUGGAUAGCGGUCGAUCACUAACCACUCAUAUUGUUUGCAGACUUAUUGUAAAUGGCCAUUGCACAAUAAAAAGACAAUACAAUAUGAAUACAAUAAAUUAUGACGAGCUGACUUAGCUGCCACUUAAGAACGCUAUAUUGAGUCGCUGAGCUAUCUGGAACGGAGAGCAAAUCAGGUAAGAUUACCUUCGGCUAUAUGGCAAGCGUGCGAUGGAGUCCAUUUGUGUGACCCGUGGAACCUUGGAGACACUGAUGGUCACUGUCAAGCAGGAAGAAGAGGAAGUGGAAUCGCUAUCUGAUUCCCUCCUGUGCGUAAAAAAGGAGGAGGGUGAAGAUGCGUGUUUGAAGGAGCCGUUAGGUCAUUCCCCACUCUAUUCUGCCCAAAAGGAAGACCCCGAUGCUCCAGGAGGAGAGAGGGAAAGAAAGAAGGUGAAGAAGAAGAAGAGGAGGAGAGAAGCAAAGGCGUGGGCGUCGAUGGGAGCGGAAGGUGGUUCGGGCGGGGACCUGCUGUGGCGCUGUGGACUGUGCCAGCGCUGCUUCAGCUCGUCCUGGGAGCUGACGGGUCACUGCUGCCCGGGUGUUACUGGGGCGCGGGGCGGCCCCGACAGGGACGUAGCCAAGCUGGAGUUCUGGUGCCCCGUGUGCGGCGAUCGCUUCCUGAGGCCGACCGCCUUCAUCCUGCACAAGCGGAGCCACGUGGGCCAGUCCCGGUACGUCUGCGGGGUGUGUGGCCGCACGCUCAAGACCCUCCGCCAGCUGGCUGCCCACCGGCGGUCCCACACUCGUGGCCCCUUCCUGCCCCACCUCUGCCAGGACUGCAGCUGCAGCUUCCGGAGCCUGAAGGCCCUCCGCCGUCACCGGGCCAGGGAGCACGGUGAGGAGCGGGGGGCCGUGGAUGAGGGCACGAAGCAGGAGGAGGGGGACUGCUGUGUGCCCAUGCUCUCCUGCAGCUCACCAAACGAUCUGCCCGAGCUGUCCCAGAACCCGCAGUGUACGCUCUGCUUCAUGACGUUCCGGGACGCGGAGACGGCCGAGAGGCACCUGCGCUUCAAGCACCCGGCGGAGUACGAGAGGCAGCUGAGGGGCCGCACCGUGUUCGCCUGCUGCGCCUGCGACCGCACCUUCCCCUCCUCCCGCCUGCUCUCCGCACACCAGCGCACGCACAGCAAGUGGAGCCUGAGCUCGCUGGGCUCGGAGGGCGCCCUGCAGGACAGGAGAAGAGACGGUGGGGUGCAGGAGGGGCAGAGCGACGGCAAAACCAAGCGCCUCGCCUGCGGCAAGUUCGACAAAGGCGGAGCUGGUUCUAUGCGCUGUUGUCACUGCCACAUCAUUUUUGCGGACCCUCGCACGUGGGGGAGACACAUGACCGCCAAGCACCCACCCCCGCCUACAUCCGUUCAGGCAACCCCUGGAUGUUUCUCACUUAGGCCGCCACGAGGCCAACCGCGUCCCUACAGCUGCUCCACGUGUGGCGAGAAGUUUAUAGAGGAGAGCUCCCUGACGAAGCACCACACCGAGUCACACGCCAGCUGAAAAGAUGGAGGGAAAGGGGGAAAAAAACCAGGGUUUGAAUUGCUCCUCUUGGCCCCCAAAAGAGACCUGAGCUCCCUCGAAAGAAACCCUGAAACCACCUUGGUUCGCAAUCCCCCCGUCCCAACCCCACUCACCUGGACACAGGAUCAUACGUACCCCUGCCCCCAAAGGCCAGAGUGUAAUACAUACCCUGGGAUGACCUGUGGGAUAAUGAGGGUGGGCAGAGGUAUGGUAGCUUUGAGGAAGAACGAGAGCAGCAGGCCUGCAGUGUAGAAUGUGUCCAAGACAGCUGUUGAUAUGGAAGGCGAUUCUGCAGUGUCGAUGAUCAAAACCAGCUCAAUUUCCAAGAGUGUAAAUAAACUGUUAAAAUACUGUGCAAUUUUAAGUGUCAUAAUAACCGGUAGCCCCAUCACAAGCAGAUUUGCUCCGUUUGGGUUUCUUAUUUUUAUUUUUUAACUUGGGAGUUAACAGCAAAAAUUCAUUUUCAUUACAUUAGUGGACUGUUGUGAAGUCCAGUAAAAGGUAAACAACAGCAUGCACAACAUUAUUUAUUAGAUAUUAGAUAUUUUUCUGUAUAUGUUGUGUAUAUGUUGAUUUCUGUCCCGUGAAUAGGAGUGAUAACGGUAACUGUCUCUUUUUUGUUUGUUGCUGUAAUGCCAUUGUACAUUGAGUUAAACUGUUAUUCAAGUGUAUAUUUGCUUUGAAUUGGUCAUAAAAAUAAUCUGGAAUCUCUGACUAGUCUGCUUGAUAACUACAGUAUAGUGGAGAACUGUAACGGAAAGCUUGUUGUCCCAUACCUUGUCCCUUUGUUUAUCUGUGAUUGUUCUAUGCUCAUUGUCACACAAGCAUCCACAGACUGCACAUUUAAAUCAAUAUCAAUAAACCAUUCCAAUACA